UUUAAAGUCUUUUGAUCAGCGUGUUUAUUUUAAAACUGUCAAGAUUUUUUUGCUUGUAUUUAUUGAUCGGAUAUUUAUAAAUUGGUUUAUUAAGUUCGUUAUUCUUAGUUUUCUAGAACAUAAUUGGUAGCGAAUGAGUUGUUUACCAUUUCAGCUGGGGGCUCUUGGGAUUCGGGGGUUUUCUUCGCCAAUUGAUUAUGCGCAGGAAAUUUAAUUGCUUUAGGUCGUCGGCACACAGAACUCGUUUAGAACCCCACAGUCAUCUCAGUCAGGUUGAAAGCUAUAUAAAGAGCCAAGGCGGGGGAUCGGCUCGACUAUAGUAAGAAUAUUGGCUGGACAAGACAACGGAACGAUGCGCACUUACCACCUGAAUCUAUUAGUGCUAAGUGCCGGCCUACUGGUCCUGCUGGCCAAAUCGGGCACUACGGCCCCCCAGGCGGAUGGGGAUGUACAGCAACUGACUCUACAGGAUGUAAAUCAGGCGGAGGAGCAGCAGGAGAUGCCGGCUGUGCGCCUGGCCAGGCAAUUCGGAUUCGGCCGUGGAGGAUUCGGCAGAGGACGCGGCGGAUUUGGCGGAAGGAGAGGCGGUGGAUUCUGCUGCGGCGGCGGUGGAUUCCGGAGACCCGGUUUCGGUGGCGGCGGAUUUGGUAGAUUCGGUGGAUUCCCACCGCCACCGCCACCGCCCUUCUUCGGUGGCCCCUUCUACGGCUAGGUGUUAUUAAUUUAAUGUGCAUAUAUGUGAUACGAUCAGACCAAGAUUAGCUGCUAAUAAAUCAACACGA